GUUUUUACGAAUCAAAAUCAGUCUGUAUACUAAAACAACACAUCCUAGCAUUUCAAAACAUUAAAAAUAUCAAUCUCGUUUAGCCUCAAGCCCAUUAAGCCAUUUUAGGUUUAUUUUCCGUGCUUUUCAUUGGUUUAUUACUGUGUGCAGGGAGUCGGCGAGUGUUCUAAAUACUUAUGCAACAGAGAGCUUCACUCGGCAUCGGGUUCGCGAGGCAAGGACGAAAUUAAAGCAGGCAUUUUUUGUAUUCCAUUUUUGUCUAAUCCCACUGAUUUCUGAUGGGAUUACAGGACCAAUCAUGAUUGAGGAGCCGCUGACUCGCCUGCCUGGAGCAGUUUAGACAGUCAGUCAAAGCACAGCACUCGGAUCUGUAGAAGCACCGAGAGAUGGUGUUUGUUUUCUCGUGCUUUCUGGAAGAAAGUUGCCCGUCUUCUCGUUAUAUUGGCGACGGACUUGAGGAGGCGCGCUGCAAUAUCUGCACGGUUGGCGAAGUUUUUUUAUUUUAGAAAUAAUGGAUGCCUAACUUACAUUUGGCCUAUGCAUCAGCAUGGUAGCCUAACUUUUCUCGUGAUGGUCAACGCUGGAACUGUGUUUUAAAGGACACCACCUUUACUAAACAUCCAGUGCAUGACCGGCCAAUGGAGGGAGAGAAGGUGGUCGACAAAAUCGAAUCCAAACCCAGUUCUCCUUUACCUACCGGGAUUCCCAUUAAUUGGGGACUCAUCACUGUCCCAGAACCUGUGUUCCUACCAUCCUCCUUGAGCCCCCAUCUUCCUUCUCCUCAGAGUUCGGCUGUGCACGCACUACAGACCAAGGUGAAGACCCUCACACAGAGAAGGACAAGAGGGAGAGAUCGAGAGAAAGAAAGAGAAAGGUUGGACACAGAGUUCUUAGUGAGCAGUCCAGCUUGUCAGAUUUCAUCCGAAGUCCUUCUCAGGCAGAGGCCCAGAGCAAAGGGUCCGAUAUCUCUGCCUGCCCCUUCCUGGCGACCAGGCACUGCGAAGAACCUGAGCAGUAGUGAUGAAGAGGAGGAGGUAGAGGUGCAAGUCAGUUUGGAAAUCCACAGCCCUCCAUCUGAAGCACGAAGACAGCAGUUGAUCCAGGAGAAAGAGGAAACUGAAGAAGAAGGGGGAGAAAAAAAUGUGGAGCAGGUCAGUUUGCUGACAGGCCAGCUAUGUGGGCUCGGGGAGGGCACCAGUCUAGAAAGUCUUCUGUCUGAUAACUCAUGCAGCAGUAAGGAGGAGGAGCCCCCCCCUUCUCCUCCUCCACCUGUGCUCUCCUCCUCUCCUGCCACCACCUCUGCUUCUUCAACAUCCACAUCAACCAGACACUGGGCACCUCCCAAGGGCUUCUGGAGAGUGGCCCGUCCUGAAACAUUGCUUCUAAAUGGUGUGACCACUGACAUCACAACCUCCACUUUACCUUUAAUCGACCACACUCAGACAGAAAAGACAGAACAAGUGGCAGAGCCUGAGAGGCAGUCUAAACCAGUGGAAUCAGGCUCCAGGAUCGAUGCAGCGAGUGCGGUGGACGACAGUGAUGCUUCCUCAGAAUUCAAACACUCGGACAGCAUUGAGUGCUACCUGGACAGGUGUGAGCAGAAGGAGUUAGAUGAUGGGUACUUGGCCAAAGGACUGUGCAGUUCAGACAGCUGGGAGAGCACGUCUUCACAAAGUGGGAUUCUCUCUGCUGAUGAGACAUUGAAGGUGAAGCAGAGAGCGUAUGUAAAGUUAAGGGAGAGACAACAAAACUACAAGGAGGACAGAGAGCAGAGCGACGGAGAAAGCGUAGACUGUUAUGGAGACACAACAUGCAGAAUGGAUUGUAAAGGUAGGUGUCUUGAGGAGAAUGGCAUGUAA